UUAACACUUUGAUUCAAUGUUUAUUCUUAUACGCAUGGUUGUGAAUGUGCUGGUGGUUGUUAGCUUCAGUUGCUAUUCAUAUUGCUUUUGACAGCUGCUUCUAAUCUAUGUUCAUGAAAAAAAUUUCAAAUCACAUAAAAAAGUUAUUUGAUUAUUAAUCUAUUUAAAUUUGUUGAAGUAUUCGUAUCUUUUUAAAUAAGAGCAUCUUAUUUGCAGUUAAUUUUGCGAUCCGCUAUUGUUGUAUGAUGAUUUUUUUAUUAGGCUGCCAAAGUAAGAACCUAAUUUGUUUGCUUUUGAAUCUUUGGAGUUACUUAAAUUUAGAGAUAUUUCUAAAUCCUUUAUCUCUUUACCAUUUACUAUUUGAUUUCUAAAUUUCCUGAUAAAAAGAAGUAAAAUUAACUUUUAAGAGAUGAAUUUUGUUUGCUUUUAACACUAUUUUUUUACAAUGCCUCUUUGGCAUCUUAUGUUUUUAGAAUUUGGACACCGAAACAAAGGGGCUGGCUUCUUUAAACCUUUGUUUAUUUAUAUUUCUGUAUUUUCCAAACAUUAUGAUUUCAUAUUUUCCUAUUAACUGGUUUCUUUGAUCUAUUGUUAGACUAUUUAUCUGGGCACCUUGAUGCCUUGCUUGAUGUGUGGUUUAUGGCCUUUUUAAUUUAAGAUUUAUUAUUAUUUAAUUAUGCCAGUAUGUGUGAGCAUUAUUUUGCCCGGUUUAUUAUUAUAAAAUCUGUCAUCAGUUCCAUCUAAUAAUUUCUUUUAAAAAUCUGAGAAAUUGUACAUAUUAAUUUAACUAUCUAGCUGUAUAUAAAUUUGCAAAGUACUAUUUAUUCAUCUCGACUAUUAAUCUUUUAUUAUUUUUCUUAAAAAUCAGUUAGAUGACUUAUAAUUUUUUAGAUUUUCUUCUUCUACUUUAUAUAUGAAUUAAUAUUAGCUGUAGUUUUUUUCAUUACGCCCCGAAAAAAGAAGUCUUGGCCUUGCUUUUAAUUUAAAGCAAUUUUUCGUCAUGUGUUUUUUUAACAUUUAAUGCUUAAUUUUUCUGUUCAUUAAAUUAAUAAAUGGGGCCAGAAGUUUUAGAAUGGGUGUUUGCUUCUUCCUUUCAGGGUUCCUUUUUUUUUUUUUUUCUCAAAAUGUUUUUUUGUUACUGAAAUAUAUUUUUCAAAUUAUGGUAUAGCAAACAAAUCAAGAUUUGCUCAUAAAGAUUCGUGUUUAUUUCAUUUCAUGUCAUUUUUAACCUUAUAUGAUAUUUUUGUUCCUUUCUUAUAUGCUUUUAUUUAUUUAUUGCUAUGUUAAUAUCCAGUUGCGAGUUUGACUGCUGUGGGUGAUGUGUGCUUUGAUCCUAUUCAAAUGUUUUUCGGACUAUUUUUUGUUGCAUCAUCACUUGAUAUUUAUUUUUAUAUCAGAUUCUUUAUAAAAGAAUUUUCUUUUUGGAAUUUAAAGAAUUGUUAUUAUUUAAAUCUUAGUUUUUAAGGGGCCUGAGUAUAUACUUUUAUAAUUUUGAUUAAUUUUUAGUUGUUUGAUUGAUAUUGAAUGUUUGUGGCUUGAGACGAUGUGUGAACAGUACCAAGUAACUCUUUGUACGCUUUGCUUCAUUGCCUUUCGUUGUUGAGGUUAGCAGACCCAUUUCCAAAUGAAUCAUCAGCAAAAUAACUCUAUAUAAGGUAGAGAAUAUGUUCAUUGCAAUACUGCAUGCUUUCAUUACUCAUUUUUUUAUUUUAUUAUUGCUCUAGGUUGAGUUCCUCAUCCCCGUGGAUAUAUAGCUUGCAAGGCUAUGGAAGUAGCGCACUGCUAUCUAGACGGCAAUGCAGAUGCAGUAGAGUUCUGUCCACACGACUCGUAUACCCACGUUUUAGCUGCUGCAACAUACACGCUCCAAGAAGGCGAUAAUCCGAGGCGAUCUGGAAGUAUAUCUCUACUUGAUGUAAAUGGUGAUGGGGAUGACUUUAAGCUGUUCCACCGCGUGGAUACUGCAGGGAUAUUUGAUAUUAAGUGGAAUCCUGUUGGAGGUAACAUGGAUAAACCAAUGCUUGCUCAAGCCGAUGCUGAUGGCUGCUUGAGAAUUCAUGAACUAGAAAAAGAAGGCUUUCUAAGAGAGAUCAAUGGUGAAAAGAUAAGUUCUUCUAUGUGUCUUUGUUUGGAUUGGAAUCCGGCAAGCACAUCCAUCUCAGUGGGAUUUUCAGAUGGUUCAGUCUCAAUAAUCUCAUUCUCAGAAUCCAAACUAGAUAUCGUACAAGAGUGGAAAGCACAUGAUUUUGAAUUGUGGGCUGCUUCUUUUGAUAUGCACCAAUCUCAUUUGGUAUACACUGGUUCAGAUGACUGCAAAUUCAGUUGUUGGGAUUUGCGAGAUAGUCCUUCAAAUAAGGUGUUUCUCAAUUCAAGAGUUCAUAAGAUGGGUGUCUGUUGCAUUGCGAAGAACCCUAGUGAUCCUAAUUCCUUACUUACUGGUAGUUAUGAUGAGCAUCUUAGAAUUUGGGAUGUACGAUCAAUGUCAAAACCGGUAAACGAGACUUCGGUUCAUUUAGGGGGAGGAGUUUGGAGACUUAAGUUCCAUCCGUAUGUACCAGGUCUGGUUCUGGCAGCUUGUAUGCACAAUGGAUUUGCGAUUGUAAAGAUUAAGGAAGAGAAAGGUGAAGUAAUUGAAACUUAUUCUAAACAUGGCUCACUUGCUUAUGGGGCAGAUUGGCAAAGAAAGGAAUUCUCUCAGGAGGACAAGCAGAAGAGCACUCUAGUGGCUACUUGUUCCUUCUAUGAUCGGCUUUUGAAGAUAUGGAUGCCAGAAAAUAAUAUCUUUGUGUGACUUUGAUUGCCUCGAUUUAUUCUUAGACCUUGCAUGGCUGCUGCUUUUGGGGAUGCUUUGUCCAACUUUAUUAGAUAUGCAUCGUCCAUGAUGUCCAACUUUUGUAUUAGUAAUUAUUUACAAGAACACCUAGUACUGACUAUUUGAGAGAAUUUAAUAUCAAACUGCUAGGCAAAGUGGAACCCAAAACAGCUAUCCUUUAAAAACAAGGACCUUGAUUUGGCAUUGGAGUUUACUUUUCUAGCUAGUGAGAGCUUUUCAUCAUGCUACUAAUAGUAGAUAUUGAUAAUAGACAUGACUAUUAUAUGUUCUGAUAUAUGCUUUUGGUAUUAGUAUUUCUAUUACCUUGCUUCA